UUUGUUAAAUCGAUUUUUUGCCUUCAUUCGUCCCUUUGAUUUUGGUCCUCAGCCUCACCAUUGCAUCAUACGAAGCAACUCUGUGUACAUCCAUCCUAACGAGCGCAAUUCUGUCUUGUAUCUGAUUCAAAGCAUGCAUGCCACGGGCGCACAAACGCAUUGUAUGAGAGAAACAAAAGAAAAAAAGGAAAAAAAAAAAAAAAAAGGAUCUUGCCAAGUUGCUAUCCUUACACGAGCGACUGACGAAAGACCUGCUCAUUUGCCUGCCCAUCCUUAUCUCAACCUCAUGACAUCCUGUUUGUUUAUUUUGUACAUGUACAAAGGUUGGAUCCAACCUGGACACGUUUGUUCGUUUCGGCGUGUGUGCUUUUCUUUUUUUCUUCUUUCCUCGAUUUCAAUGUACAAAAUACUCUCUAUCUCUUUUUUGUACGUGUCAUGUUUCAUUUACUUGGCCAUCUUGUUCUCUUGGGAAUAGAGCCGGGUUAUGUAUGUAUAUACAGUACAUACCUAGGUAAGGGGGUGUAGUGUAUUUCUUACAUUCGUUCCCCGAUGCAUAUACAUAUCUCAUAUUACUCCGUA